AUGGCUCCCAUGGCUGCACCGUCGCAUCACCAUCGCAGUACGACCAAAAAAGACAAGAAAGGCUUCAAGUCUCGCCAUGCCACCAAGGGUGCGCUCAAGGAGCAGAGCAAGGGCAAGGUGAAUUCUCUCUCGUUCGAGUUUGGCAGUCGCAAGACGCCUCACCAGCAAGUCAUGUCUAAAUUCGACCGCCGCAACCGCGCGAAGCAAAUGCGCCUCAACAAGGACCACGAACACGCAAAGUCGACCAACGUUUUCGCCGGCAAGGAUGGAGCCCCAAGAAUCGCUGCUAUUAUUCCACUAUGUGCCGAUGUUUCCACAGCAGAUGCUGCACGCGCUUUGAAUGCGAGUGUCGACGUUGAGGACGAGGUUCCCGAGGCGGGCUGGACACGCACAACCGUCGACCGCUUCAAGCAAAAGGUGCAAUACCUGACAGUCAAGAGAGACUUGCUAGCCGCUCUGGAUGCUUGCCGUGUCGCCGAUUUUGUAGUCUUUGUACUAUCCGCAAAUGAAGAGGUGGAUGCUGAGGGCGAGUUGAUACUCAAAUCAGUGGAGAGCCAGGGCAUCUCCAACACCUUUACAGUUUGCCAGGGACUAGACAAGGUCGAACCCGCCAAGCAAAGGCCUUCGGUCGUUUCAUCUCUCAAAUCCUACAUCACCCACUGGUUGCCAUCCACUGAGCGCGUCUACUCGCUCGACAACCGCCAAGAAGCCGCAAAUCUCGUUCGAUCGCUAUGCACAACCACCACCAAGGGCGUUCGAUGGAGAGACCAGAGGAGUUACAUGUUUAUUGAAGAUAUUGCGUGGCCUGGUGGAAAGUCCGCCGUCAAUGAGGACGGCACUGGUGAAGUCGUCAUCACUGGAGUUGUUCGAGGCCUGGGACUCAAGGCCGACAGGCUGGUGCAGGUUGGAGAUUGGGGUGACUUCCAAGUCGACAAGAUUGUAGCUGCCCCUCUUGAGACGAGGAAGAAGAGGGAAGAUGAGAUGGCCGUUGACUCGGAAGUUGACGACACUCUGGAACGCCCCACCGAGGACCAAGAUGAUCUCGCUGAGCUGGCGCCAGAGGAGACGCUCAUGGACGACGUGACCAACUAUGCCACAUCUGUUGCACCAUCUGAACGCAAGGGUGUCUUAAUUGAUGACCACCACUACUUCUCAGACGAGGAAGAAGAAGUUGCUCCUACGAAGCGGAGACGAUUGCCCAAGGGUACUAGUGACUACCAAGCUGCAUGGUACCUAGACGGCAUGUCAGAUUCUGGAUCAGACUUUGAAGACUUUGACGACAUGGAGGACCAAGAAGAUGGCCAGAGCCAACCUGCGCAUCCUGCCGAUGGUGAGGAGGGCAUGGACAAAGAUGAGGCCGAACAGAUUGAGGCAUACCGAAAGUCGAGGAAAACAGAAGAGGCUGAUGAUCUGGAGUUCCCCGAUGAGAUCGAACUGCCCCCAAAUGUCAAUGCGCGAGAGCGUCUCCUUCGUUACCGAGGGCUGAAGAGUCUGAAGAUGAGCAAAUGGGAGACGGAGGAGGAUCGACCAUAUGAGCCAGAAGAGUGGCAACGGUUACUUGAGAUUGCCGACUACAAACGUACAGCUACAAAGUUCAUGCGCGAAGCAUGGGCUGGUGGUGUCAAGCCAGGAACCCGGGUCAGCGUACACAUUCGCGGUGUCCCACUACAAUUCCAAGAGAGCCAGUCGCGACCAAUUGCCAUGUUCUCGCUCCUCCGCCACGAGCACAAACGCGCAGCCUGCAACUACAGCAUCCUGCUAAGCUCCGAGCACGAAUCACCAAUCAAGUCAAAGACGGAGCUGAUCGUGCAAUGUGGCCCAAGGCGAAUGGUCAUCAACCCUGCCAGUCUGCAAUCGCCUCCUUCAUCGGCCCCCUAA